AUGCAUCGCUUAUUAAAGGUAGAGGCAAAUCCCAGUAGAGCUUAUAUUAGACUGGAAAUGACAACAAUGAUGCAGGUUCUUAGUUUAUGUUUUCUUCAACUUUUACUUGCUCUACCUCAACGCACUGCCCCAGCCUCAGAGUUUCAACUGGAAGGAGAUUAUCUGAUGGGUGGACUUUUUGAUAUUCAUAAUGUCAUUGCCCCUGUUUUCUAUGACGAACCAGAAGCUAUCAGUUGUCCCAGGUGAGUCUUUUAAGUUGUAGACUACUGACAAAUUCUUAGCCUGAGUAUGAUCAUAUCUUUGUGAUUAUGUAAAACUCAGUGUAGUAUUUGUUCUUUGUGGGGGUCUGAAGAUUCUCCUGUUGUCCUUCCUUCCUCUACAGCCAACACUUUAUCCCUUCCAGUUACCGGAGGUUUCAGUUGAUGAGAUUCUCAGUAGAGGAAAUCAAUAACUCAACCAGCCUGCUACCAAAUGUUUCACUGGGCUAUGAGAUAUUUAAUCACUGCUCUGACACACACAACUUCCCAGGACUUUUAAAUCUCCUCUCAGUAAAUGACUCCAUUCAGCCUUGGAGUGAUCCAAGCAGAAAUCAGUCCAAAAUAUCAAAAGUCAUUGCAGUAGUCGGGCCUUUUUCAAGCACUGACACCAUGACUGUCGCCCCACUUUACAUGGCAGAUCUCAUUCCUUUGGUGAGCAUGCUAACCAUAUACAUUUUCCAUGGUUUGACGAUCUGUGAAUUGACGGGAGGCCCAAAUAAUGAUACAAAAAACUAACAAUGAUACAUUUUUCAAUUAAAACAAGUUGAGUCACAACAGACAGAGUCAAUAUUCACUGACAAUGAUCACUCUUUCUUUCUUCUUGUUCUAACAGGUCAGCUAUGGAGCUGCUAGCUCUGCUUUCUCGGAAAAAGCCAAAUUCCCCUCUUUCUUACGAACAGUUUUUUCCAAUAAAGAUGUCAUAGAAGUAAUUGUCAGUAUCAUACAGCAUUUCAACUGGCGCUGGGUUGCCUUUCUUAGGAGUGACAAUGAUUUUGGCAACGAUGGACUGGACAUGUUUAUCAAGAGGAUAAAAGACACAGAGAUCUGUCUGGCAUAUACCAAAGGUCUCGAUUACAAGACAGAUUACUCCAAAAUGUUCCAACAAAUAGAGGCACAGAGGAUACGCAUCAUUAUUGUUUUCGUCACAAAACUGACUGCUGAGGCUCUCAUUAUGUCUUCAAUACAACUGAAUAUCACCAACAAGGUAUGGAUAGCGGGAGACACUUGGUCAUUGAACAAGAAGCUCCCCAAUGAGAAAGGAAUCAGAAAUAUUGGAACUGUUCUUGGUGUGUCUCAGCCUGUGGUGUCAAUACCUGGCUUCAGUGAUUUUAUCUAUUCAACCAAAAGCCAGACUCAGUGUGAAGAUGCAGAGCAGAACGGGUUUUGUAAUCAGGCAUGUAACUGCAGUGACCUCAGUGCAGAGGAUGUCAUUGCUUUGGAUCCGUCUUACUCUUUUCCAGUGUACUCUGCUGUGUAUGCCAUUGCACAUGCUUUACACAAUGCCUUACAGUGUGGAGUUGAUAGCUGUAAUGGUAAUAUUACAGUGCAUCCUCAUAUGGUAAGUUUACACUUUUAUUCCUGUUUGAAAUCAUGACAGCCUGACCUAUUUUCCCCCAUCUAAAAAAAAAAAGAAAAAGAAAAAGAGCUUUUGUCUUCAUACAGUCUGACUGUGUAGUCUUAUCAAAUCUAAUGUAUCAUAUAUAAAUGUCAGCUCAUUGAAGUACAGUUAAAGCUAAUAACAAUUAUAUGAAAUGUUUAAAGCUUCCAUGAAAAAUGAAACACAAAAAAGUAGAAAUAGUGUAUUAUUUUUUAAACCUGCAGUGCAACCCUCUGAUUUAUCACAGAUAUACCAUUUCUUUAUCAUCCCUAUACAAACAUGUGUAAACAGUUCUAACUUUUCGUCCCUGUAUCAGGUUCUAGCAGAGCUAAAGAAGGUGAACUUCACACUUUUAAACCAAAGCAUUCAGUUUGAUGAGCAUGGUGACCCCACAUUUGGAUCCUACUCCAUCGUUUUCUGGAACAGUGAUGGUGAAGCGGAGGAGAUUGGCUUUUUUAAAUUUCAACCAUCAGUCAACUAUGUCAUCAAUGACAGCAAAAUUCAGUGGUACACAAAUGGCGAAGUAAGUCUUUCAAUUAACUCUGUGGUGCAAUGGUUUUAAGAUAGUAAACUACCACAGAGCUGUACACAGUACACAGUACACCACUUUUAUGCUGAUUAUGUGUGCAGCUUAAAUGACUGAAUACUCACAAACAGAAUAUAAUCUUCAUUUUUUCAUCAUAUUCAUCAUGUUGGAUGUCUGACUCUUCACUCAUUAUUUACUAGGAUGUCUACACUUUCAUUACCCUUCUCCCUUUUUCAGUUACUUUAAUGAGAAAUUAUGUCUUGUACAGCUGCCCACUGCACUCUGUUCUCAAGAGUGCUUGGAUGGAUAUGCAAAAAAGCAAAAUGGGAUCCACAAGUGUUGUUUCAACUGUGAUAUCUGUCCUAAUGGAACUUAUAUCAACAUCACAGGUAAAUGAAUUGACAAAGACAAUUAUUUAAAGGGUUGUUUUCAUUUUUGCCUGAAUUAGAACUGACAGUAUACUUUUAAAAAGACUUGUAUUUGACCAUUGCCAGAUGACACAGUAGUAUAUGCAUAGCCCAUGUGCAGAAGCUAUACAGAGAUUAACUUUCCAGACAUAGUGAGGAUUUCAUAAAACUGUUUACUCUGACUGAUAAAAUAAUCAAUUUAGUCCUCUUACCUAAGACAACUUAAAUCUUGUGCAUUUUGUGUAAAAACUUAAUUCAGUCAGGUUUCACCAAAACCUCAUUUGAUUUAGCAUGGAGAAUCAUUCAGAUGUCAGUGUGUCCCUCUCAGAUGUAAUGCUGCGUUCCAGUUAUCUCAGAAGUCAGAGUUGAGAAUGACGUUAAACCCGAGUUGAUAGCAUUCCAGGUAACAAGUCAGAAAACCAAGAUGGAUGCCUACAGUUACCGGUUGUUAGCUGUUGUUUACAAUUGUCAGCUGUCAUUAGCCAUUGUCAGUUGUUGUUAGUGGUUGUCAGCGACAGCAGUUGUAAACAACGCAUAACACAGUAUUUUACUCUUACAAACACAGUAGCACCGUGUUCACAGUUAGACGUUGGGCAGUACAACAUAUACCACUUAUUUAAUUUCACAAUAACAAAACAGAAGUGCUAUUAAAUAAUACAUUACGAGAGCUUUCCCUUUUACUCUUUACUGUUGAUGCACUGCGCUGCCACCUUGGAAUAUGAUGUUGUUGUCAUCAAGUCGGGGUUGGAGAGGAUCAUCCGAUUUUCUGAGUCAAAAAUCCGAUUUCAGCGGGGCAUUCCAAAUGAAUUUCUGACUCUGAGUUCUGAAAUUCUGACUUCCGAGUAAGACUGGAACACAGCAUAAAUAGAGGAUAUGUUCAAAAAAACAUCAAAAUCACAUUCUCAUUUUGUGCCAAACAGAGGAUCCCUAUAAGUGCAUCAGGUGUAAGGAAACAGAGUGGUCUGCAGAAGGAAGUACAUCAUGCAAUCUGCGGUCAGUGGAGUACGUCCCAUUUACAGACAGUAGCGCUAUACUCAUCAUGUUUGGGUCUGUAGCCUUGGAGGGUCUCACAUUGGCCGUGUCUGCUCUCUUUGCCAUCAACUACAACACACCUGUUGUCAGAUCUGCUGGAGGACUGAUGUGCUUCCUCAUUUUAGGCUGCCUCACUCUGUGUAGUCUUAGUGUUUUCUUUUACUUUGGUAAGCCAUCAACUUCCUCUUGUAUUUUAAGAUUCUUGCCAUUUCUUUUGUUUUACACAGUUUGUCUUGCCUGUUUUGUUGUGCGCUCUUUUCAAAUUGUUUGUAUUUUCAAAAUGGCUGCCAAGUUUCCAAAGUUCUACAGUUGGUGGAUGAAAUAUCACGGACAAUGGCUGAUCAUCAUGGCGGCAUUUGUUACUCAGGCAUUGUUACUUCUUAUUGGCUAUUUAUAUUCUCCCCCUAAACCCUACAAUGAAACAGCCUGGAGUCCAGACAAAAUAAUUCUUGGAUGUGAUAUUGAUCUUAAAGCAGCCUCUAGUUCUGUGAUUGUACUUGUACUUUUGUGCUCUCUCUGCUUUAUUUUCUCCUACAUGGGCAAAGAUCUCCCCAAAAAUUACAAUGAAGCCAAAGCCAUUACCUUCUGUCUGCUCCUGCUGAUCCUCACCUGGAUCAUCUUUGCCACUGAGUAUAUGCUUUAUCAUGGCAAGUUUAUCCAAACUCUCAAUGCCCUGGCAGUCCUCUCUAGCCUCUACUGCUUUUUGUUGUGGUAUUUCCUCCCAAAAUGCUACAUCAUUAUUUUUCAACCCCAGAAAAACACUCAGCAACAUUUCCAAGGUCUCAUUCAGAAUUACACCAAAACAAUUAGCCAGUAGCAUCGUUGUGUGGAUAUAUGUAUGUGCUUACAAGAAAACUUUAGGCCAUAAUCAUUUUUUAAACUUAACAUAGUUUACAAAUCAUCUGUCAAUGUCAUUUGUGGUGUACAUCCAAACUUUUGCUUAAAAUUACCAGUAGUAUUCUAUUUGUACACACUGAAUUUCUUGGGGAGUAAGACUUUUAGACAUCAAACGUAUACAAAAAAACAUGAAGGGUCAAUGAUAUAUUACUUUUUAAAGAGGAAUUUUUUGGCCACUGAGCUACUUUUUCACUAGUCUCACCCUAAUUCUUCAACAGGUAGAAAAGGGGGAUUAAUCUUUUAUUAUAAGUCACACCAAGAAAGUACUAAAAUAUUAUACAAAAGAAAAUCAGAUUUCAUUUUACUGAAUUACUCUACAAAGAAGAUCAAAGAUUAAAGAUGUUGGUUUCUUGAAUAAUACUUGUUGUUGAUUAUUCAAUCAUCCACAUAGUUUACAUGUGAGACAAUAAUUUGAAAAGGCUCCACAUCUCUGCGCUCACAAAGUACAGAAAUCAUUACGCAACACUGUGCCAUCCGUCCAUGUACACUCAAGCUGAUAUGAAAACCUCUUCCUUUGCUUUAGAACAACUACAUUGGAGAUCAACAUGUCAAGUUCACUGCAUUGUUACCUCCGCCAAGGAGGUUAUGUUUUCAGUAGCGUUGGUUUGUUUGUUUGUCUGUUAGCAACUUUACGGAGAAAGUUACAGACGGAUUGAACUAAAAUUUUCACCAGGAUCCCAUUACAUUUUGGUGGUGAUCCGGAUCGCCUUCUGGAUCCAGGAAUUUUUUGAAGGAUUCUUUAUCAUUGUGAGAUAGAGCAAAUUUGGGAAUUUUUGCAUUUAACUCUAUAAAAAUGGCCAGUCUUUAGUAAAAAACCACACAAAAGGAUCUCAAUGAGUUUGAUGAGGUGUCAAAGGUUGAUCCUGAUCCAGACAAAAUUCCAGAUACUGUGAUCCAGAAAACACAAAAAAGAGGGUGUCGUUGGAAUUUUCAAUGCUGAAAGAUAACCAAUGAAGAUACAAGGAAGUGUACGCUUACAAAUAUUGCAUAAUAAAUCAUGCAUUUAUGUAUCUAAUAUGAGCUUUGUUGUUUUAGGAACAUUAUGAACAGUGAACAUACCAGUUUAAACACAAAUAAAAGUUAAUAAAAGACACGUAACAGUAAAAGUUUUGGUGUGAAUCACAAUAUAAGGGGGGGACAUGAGCUGCUUGGCGGAGGUCUGCGCUCUCUGAGUGCUUUUCUAGUUCUGUUAUAAAAUAACCCAAACUUAAGUAAAAAAAAGCUGCAUUUUAAGCAUAAUGCAUGAGUUACAUAUAUUAUGAAGCACAGUAUAAAAAACUUUAAUGAGAUAUUAAAAUUUAAAAAAAAAAAAGAUCAAAAUUAGAGAACACUUUAAGACUUUAACAUGCCAGUUUUGAGUGUUAGUCUGGCACCUGGUGCUUAUUUCUUUAAUUAUCUGACCAACCCUAUUUAACUGGCAGCCUAACUACCAGUUUUCACUGACUUUACAAGAUGGUGAGCCAUUUUAAGUUUACUAAAAACCCUCCGGCAGCAGGUGGUCCAGAUGAAGGCCAAGGGGAUGACCCAGUCAGCAAUACCAAGAGAAAUUGGUCUUUCCGAAUCUGUGAUUUCCAGGAUAUUACAUCUUUACAAAGUCACAAACUCCUUCAAGUCCAACAAGAAGGCCAAUUGUCCACAAAAGACAAAUGAAAGAGAGGACAGGAUAAUACAGAUAACCUCAAUGGACAAUCAGUUCGACACUGCAGCUGAACUUGCUCGCCAGUUCAGUGCUGAACAAGGUAAUACUCUGGGCUCUAUUUUCGUGCCUCGCCGGGGACGUGGCGCAUGCGCGGCGUAAGUCAGGUCCGCCGCGCUAACAAGGUGUUCCCAAGCACAAUUUGGUAUUUUGGUGAGUGGCGCAGCCCGGCGUAAGGCGAGCUUUCAGCGCACUUCAUACGCCACCAGCGAGCGCGAAAAUGUCACUGCGCCAGCUGAUUCUGUCGCCACCACGCCCAGCUUGGUGGACCUUGGUGCGCCUCAGUCCACGAAAAUACCAAACUGGCUGUACGCUGGGCUCCCCCAGACGAAAAUACCACUGCGCGGGGUUGUUUUCAUUUUGCACAUUAGACUUUAUUUGAGCAAAAUACAUUAUAGUAUUCUUGAAAUUUCAGCCAUGUGGCUGCCAUCUUGAAAGUAACAGGGUCAUAGGUCACCAAUAGUGUGACUACUGUGGUCACCAGUUGUGAGGUAGAAGGAAGCUCCUGGCCAAUUGCAAAGUUACAAAUUUGAAUUCUGCACCAAAAGAAUUACUGGUUUGACACAGAAAUCACCCAUAUCAGACUUGUGAUUGGCUGCCAUCUUGAAAAUGUCAGCCAUCCUGAAUAUAAAAUAGCAAUUUUAAAUUAUUAUUCAUUUACCAAGUACUCUGUAUGGCAAAUAAGUCUGAAAUGCCAUAUUAUAUCCAUCUUUCAUAAGAAAACAGUUGUUGCUGGCGGCCAUUUUGAAAAAUGGCUGCCAUGGCCGCCAUGUUGAAAACUCAUGAUGCCUCCACAUCCAAAUCUUUUGGGAAUACCUUUGGCUAUAAGUGUACCAAAUUUCAUGCUUUUAUCACAAAAUGCACGAUCGUUCUGGCAAUCUGCUGCACUAUUAUUGUGUGUUGGGAACCAAUAUCAAACAGAGCUAUGCUUCCUGACUCCUCAUGUGUGUUGUGACUUUGCUGUGGUUAGAAGGCUUGUGUGAUUCUGAUGGCCAUGCCAUAUCAGCUGGUCAAACUAAGUCAGAGGUAAAGGGAGAGCUUGCACAAGCCAUUAUAGCAUCACAGUUGUACUGAGAAGUUUGACACUCAAAUACAAAAAAGGAAAGAUGUUUUAAAAAAAAUGGUGUCAAUUGCUUAAUUAAUAUUAAUGCAUACUUUAUUGUUUAUACUUAAUUAAGUGGAAAUGCUGAUUAAGCAUUUCCACUUAUUGUUAUUCUCCUAUUUCUUUAUUAUUAUUAUAAUUAAGUGGAAAUGCUGAUAAAGCAUUUCCACUUAUUGUUAUUCUCCUAUUUCUUUAUUAUCAUUAUUAUUAUUUUUUUUAAUUAUUAUUAUUAUUAUUCCGUACCUUUUUUGCAACUUUUCAACUCCUUCAUACUUUGUGCUAUUUCAACCAUUCAACUUUUAAACUAUUCCUCUCCUUCAGGACAAGUGCAGAUGUAUUUUUCACUUUUCUACCCCUUAUACUUUUUGAUAUUUUUUACUUUUUGUGCAAAUUUUUUUCCAUUGAAAUGAAUGGGGAAAUCUUCAAAAUCUACCUUAUAGACUUCCACUUUCUCAGCCUUAUAACUUCAGCAUUUUUGCUUUAAAAUGUUCACAAUCUUCUCCUCUAAAUAUGUUGUGUUUACUUUUCUGUGCUAUCUCCUACAGUUUUUCCACAAUUUAGCUUUAGGCAACUCAUGGUUUUCAGCAAAUUUCAGGCUUCAUAAUGGGUGUGUAUUAGAAGAGCUAAAGUGAUGAUGUCGUCGCUAGAGUGGACAGCUCCUCUUGGAUCGACAGAACCUCGCUCAAAUAUAUCACAUUUUUUAGAGUGCAGACAUGAAAACACAUCAUUGUGUUCAUGAAGGGCGGAGGAUUUGUACGAUGUUCUUAUUUUCAUUCUCAGAUUUUAAGGAAAUCACACUAUGUGAAGAAGUUCAGAGGCCCUAAAUUCACUGCAGUUAGGCAGCUUCUCAUUCAAACAGUAGGUCAGUUAAUGCCUUUGAUCUCACAGCUGUAAAGGAUGCAAUCAUUAACAAGACACACACACACACACUCUGACAAUGUGUGUGCGUGUGUGUCUCUGCCCAUAAGACCUGCAUGUACACACAGUUAAUACGUGUCUGCUUCACCACCUAUCUCCACCCACAAACUUUGAGCUACAGAAACCAUUCUGGGCUUGAAAAAUUCAGCUUAUUGAGGACAUUAUGGGGUGUUUUGCGGAUUGUGAUAAUAAAUUGUAUUAAUGUGUUCAGCAGAGUCUUGUGCUUCUCACAAGCUCCUUAUCAUGAAUGUAUACAGAGGUUGACAAUUAGGGCCUAGAUGGAGAGCUAUUUCUUCAGCUUCAAGCCUCCUCUCUCCUACUGCAGUAACACAUCGUCCUUCGCCAUGACAACCAAUUAGUGCACCUGGAGACACACAGCUGACUGUAAAGCUGCUUCUAACGGCCAUAUGAGACACAUGAAACCAGGCUUAGUACACAGAGCAAUGGGGGUUACAUUUAAAACCCUUCACCAGAGCACCUGACAAUCUUCGGCCCCUAUCUCCUCCCACAAACUUUGAGCUACAGAAACCAUUCAGGGCUCCAAAAAUUCAGCUCAUUGAGGACAUUAUGGGGUGUAUUUAGGAUUUUGUUAAUUAAUUGUAUCAAUAUGUUCAGCAGAGUCGUGGGGUUCUCACAAGUUUCUUGUCAUGAAUGUAGCCGUUACAGAGAAUAAGCAUCAGGGCAUAGUUUUGGAUUUUGUUUCUUAGCUUAAAGCCUUCUUUCUCCUGCUGUACUGAUGCAUCUACAGUCUCCAUGGCAACCAAUUUGUGCACCUGGAAACACACAGCUGACUGUAAAGCUGCUUCUAAUGGCCAUAUGAGAUACAUGAAGCCAGGCUCAGUACACAUAGCACCGAGGGUGACAUUUAAAUCCCUUUACUAGAGCGCUUGACAAACUUUGGCCCCUAUCUCCUUCCAUGAACUUUGACCUACAGAAACCAUUCAGGGCUUCACAAUUUAAGCUCAUUGAGGACAUUAUUGGGUGUAUUCAGGAUUUUUAUUCAUUUAAAUUUUUCACAUUUUAAAGUCACUCAGUGAUGAUUUAUUAUUCAAUUUUUCAAACAAAUUUAAACUCUUCAAACUUAUUUGAACCGUUCUGAUACUUAAAAACGUUCUGAUACUUGAGGUUUUUAAAUUAUUUAAAUUUUCCUUGUUUAAAUUAGUUUUAAUAUGUAUGCAUUAUUCCAUCCUUCAAACAAAAUCCCACCUCUAGUGCUACAACUACUGCUAAUGUCAAUUUAACUAGCAUUUUCCCCUCUACUUCAACUGCUAUUGCUCCUAUUUCUACUUUCUCUACUGCUGCUAUUGCUACUAUUUGUACUUUCUCUACUACUUUUUUGUUCAUUCAAACAAUUUUAGACAUUUUUCUAGCAUCUUUCAGCAUAAAUAAAAUUUCCUUUUAUAGAGCAUAUUCAUACUAUUUGUCCUUCAACCAAUUAAACAAUUAUCCUACUUAUAUUUCUUUUUCACCCCUUCAACAGCUUUAACAUUUAUACCUUUCUCCGUGUUUUAUUAGCAGUUUAGCAUUGCUUUUUCAGCUUUCAGCACUCAGCAUUUCCACGCAUUUUCUGUCAGGAAAUGCAAUUUUUCUAGUUGUUAUCUAAUCUUAACUCAAUUUAUAUUCUACAACCAAUAAUGAACUAAGUUUUCAGAGCUUUUAUCUCAAUAAAUAUUCUUAAAAUAAAAGUACAUUUUGAAUUGAUUGGCCUCUUUGAAGUUGUCCUGUUAUGGCAAAUUGUUAUACAUUGGUUCAACAUUUCAUCACAAUGUCUUUUUCUUGGCUUUCAAACUUGAUUAUUGUAAAUCUGAAUUCAAAUUCUACAAAUACAAAUAAAUGAGCAAAAUAAGCUCAUAACUUUGACUAUGAAUUUAGUUUAAAAUUUUAGUUUGAACUCUGAAUAUUGAGUAGUUUAUUUUGAUCUUAGUGAACUGUACUGUGAACUUAUGAACAUGUACAGUAAUGAAAUGACCAAAGGCAAAACAACCAUUUCCUUUGAUACAAGUCAAAGAGCUGUAACUUUGUCAGAAAUUUAAAUUCACAUUUAUUGGGAGUUAUGCCCCAUGUUAGAAUGUACUUUAACCAAUCCCAUGUACCCAUAAUACAUACACACAUUGUGUUGGAGAUUUGUUGGUGCAGUGUCAGUGCCUGCUCAGGUUGACUCAGCCCACCACUACAGUAAAUUUGUAUUGCAAAUAAUGUUAACAUUGGUCUACUGAUAGAUUGAUGGGGUGUGUAAGAGGUUGAGGGGAUGGUGAAUCUUUGGCGCACCCUCUUUAUGUAUGUAUGAAAGUACAUUCACUUAUAUUGGGUGAAUGUAACACCUAGACUUAAGUGCAUCACAUGGUUUGAAAACUGAGGCCGACUGUAGGCAAUGUUCAUAAAGCUGAUUCCUCAGACAACAGUGUCUAAUUAUGCCGAAAAUUCAGUUCUAUCUUAGAUAACUGACUUCCCACUGAAUGUAAAAACAAAGAGACAUUUUACAUGACAAAUGUAAUUGUAGGUGUUGUCUGAUAGCUGUACAGAUUCUCUGCUUGAGCAGAGUUAUGCUCAGAUAGCUUAUCGACAGCAUCUCAUUUAUCAGUAUGAUCAAGAUUUGAUAAAUGCUGCACAUUCUAGAUAUAUGACUUCAUCUGAAAUGUUACAAGAUAACUUAGUAAUUAAUACAAUUUAAUAAAAUAUAACAAGUAUUUGACUAUUUUUUUCUUCAAAGUAGAUCAGUCGCAUAUUUUAAAUUGUAAUAAUGGGUGUUUGUUUUUUAAGAGUUAUUGGAAAAAAUAAUAAAUUUACAUCACACUAACUGUGGCUCUUGGAGUUCAGUGUAUAGGGUUGACCUCUUUAUGAAAUUAGGGCAAAAACAAAAACAAAAAACAAUACCUGAAACAUUAUAAUAGAAGUUGCUUUACGUUUUAUUUAAAGUAGCAAAUUUAAUUAAAAUAAAGAUGUCAUUUAAGUGGCUUUUUCUGUAACACACUCAUUUUGUAAACAUAUAUUAUUGGUCAUUUAAAAUUGAUCCUAAGCAUUUGUAAGGUUCACCUAAUAAAAAUGGUUUAAUAAUAAAACAUGUUGUUUGCCUUUAUUUCUUCCAACAGAGCAGAACACUAAGUUUCCCCCAUUGCACAGUAGGAUGCCUGGAUUCAAAUCUUAGGAAGAGUCAUGACCAUCUCUUCCUGACAUUUUGUGUGAUGAAACAUUUUCCUCUUUUCAAAUGAGUGGUCAAGAGUGAAACCAUGCAAGAGUUAUUUGAAUGAGCAGGUGGACUUAGAGGAUAGACCAAGGAUACAGGUUUGAAUCAACUGAUUGGAUGUAUUCACUCCAGCAUGCAUUCUGUGUAAUCUCACAGUUUAUAUGUGAUUGGCCAGAUCAACCUAGCAUUUAAAAGUUGGGAGGAAGCUGUGGUUCAAUGGUAAAGUCCAUCGUGUCCCAAUUGUAAGGUCGAGGGUUAAUUCUAGGUCCUGCAGUCCACAUGCCGAGGCAUACUUAGUAAAGAAACUAAAUGUCAGCCUCUGCUAUCAGUGUUCAAAUGUGGACUAUAUGGGCUAAGAUGUCACAGUGGAUUUUUCAGCUAAUAAAACAAGGAUAAAAUUAUUCUUGUUCUCAAUUUUUUACAAGAAAGUGAACAUUAAAGUCAGAUACAGAAAAUGUUUAUCAUUGACCCGGAAAAAGUCAUUGAACAUAGCCAUUGAACAAAUGUUAACAUAAAGGGCUCUAUUUUCGUGCCUCGCCGGAGACGUGCGGCAGGCGCAGCGUAAGUCAGGUCCGCCGCACCGACAAGGCAUUCCCAAGCACAAUUUGGUAUUUUGGUGAGCAGCGCAGCCCGGCGUAAAUAUCCUCCCUCCCUCCCUAAUUUAGCUCCUCCCAGCGGUGACUUUAAAGUAACAUUUUUACUGGAUUUACCUUCUAUUUUCAAAAAGAGGUACUUUAGACAAGUGAACACUUCAUUGUUUUAUUCAGUUACCCCUUUUUUAAUGACUGAGGCAUCUAGUGUUCAUUUCAAUUAAUAAAUCCUUUGUGUGUACCGUGUCACCAGGGUUUGGUACUGCAGCAAAAGUUAAGAGGCUUUUGCAUACUGAUUUGUUAACUCUCCUCCAACCAUUUAUUGCAUUCCCACAUACACAGGAAUGAUCACUGAGACUCUACCAGUGUCCAGUGUACUGGAGGCAGAGCCAAAUCCUGGGGGGGAAGGGGUAAAACAUGGAAAACUUUCUUGCCUCUUUACCUCUCUUGGGAUCACUUUUUCAUGCUUUUACUCAAUGCACUGUUAUAGCCUCAGAGUUUCAGCUGGAUGGAGAUUAUUUGAUAGGAGGACUCUUUGAUAUUCAUCAUGCCAGUACCACUUCUUAUCGUGACAGACCAGAAGCUAUCAAUUGCUCCAGGUGAGUCUUGUGACAUAAAUCUGAGUAAAUAGUCACUGAAGGUAAAAGUUCUUCAGAGCGCUCACUAUCAAGAUCUUUGCUAUGAACAUUGGAUUUUGCUUUUGCAAGUCGGCCUUUUCACUGCUAGUUUAAUUUAGGUAACUGCAAAAUCAGGAAUUUUUUUGAAAAUGUUAAAUUCAGGGGUUUAAAUCUAUACAUUUAUAACUCCCAAAUAUUGUCAUUAAUUUAUUUCCAGUAAUGUAAUGAUAUUAAUAAGUCAACUACAAUGUCUGCUCCACUUUUCUUCAUCCCUCUUCAGUCAGUCCUUUCUUCUUCCCAAUUAUCGGAGGUUUCAAUUGAUGAGAUUCUCUGUGGAGGAAAUCAAUAACUCUACCAGCCUGCUGCCUGAUAUAUCCCUCGGCUAUGAGAUGUUUGAUCACUGCUCAAAUACACAAAACUAUCCAGGAAUUUUCCACCUAAUCUCAGCCAAUGGAUUGAUCCAACCUUGGGGUGAACCUAAAAAACAUGCAAAUGCUUCAGAUGUGUCCAAAGUGAUUGCAGUGGUUGGUCCUUUUACCAGCACUCAGGCCCUGACUGCAGCCCCAUGGUUCAUGGCAGAUUUCAUUCCUACGGUAAAUUUUAUGACUCUAUUUUUUUUUUUUUAAGUCAAGAAAAAGUAAGAAUCAUACAUAGUUAUCAUGCAGGUGAUCCACUGAAAUAGAUUCCUGACAGUGUGAGUCUUGCCCACCCUGCAAGGAUUCUAGUUAGUAUGAUCACCUACUCACUACACUAUCCAUCAUAUUACCCAACUACAAACUAAAGCUACAGACAAGCUGAUGCCAAGUAUUGGUCAAGGAUGAUUUUAUUGAUUUAUUUAGUGAUUUUUUGCACAUAUGCUGUCUAAACUGUAGAGUGAAUGUCUUCUUCCUCCUCGUUGGAUAAAGCCUUCAUGAGAACAGCACCCCCUGGUGACUGGUUGCACCAUAGGUCAUAAACCCCGCCUCCUCCAGCAAAAUGAAUGAAGCUGUGAACAAACUUAAAAACAUUAAAUACAAGUCAUAUCAAUUUUUCUCCCUCCUGGUUGUGAUGUUGACAUGUAGUAAUUGUGAGACUAGUUUGUGCAUAAGUCCUCUUUUCUGUGCAGCUCCGUUCUUUAAACUUAGAAGGGGUUGUAUUUGUAUAGUAUGGACAUUGUCCAUACUAUAUACAGUCUAUGGUUUUGCAGCAAAAAUAAAGGCCCUCAGAUCCAAUGGUUGGUAGUGUUUCCAUGGCAACAAUAUUCUGUAGCAUGUUUGUAGGUUAAACUCAACAUUUUUGUUCAUGUUGUUCCUGUUACACUGCCAAAGUUUAUACCAUGUCACAGUUUGUGGUUGUUUUGGGUGUGUUGUCUUCAAUUUUGUCAAUAUCACUUUGACUUAGCUCCUUGUUUGUUCUAAUAUCCCUCACAUGCUUGUGCAGGUUCACAGUCUUCAGGUUUUUUGCUCUUCAAAUAAGAUAAGAGUGAUUAUAAAAAUAUCUUCAUUGUUGCUGUUAGGAAUGAGCGUGUUUACCACACUGCCAACAUGAAAAAAGAAUGAUAAAAGUGCCAGACCCCUUUACACAGAUUGAUUUGAUAUGACAUGUAAUUUUGUGUUCAAUAGCUUUGUCCUAUUCAGAGUAAAGAACCACUGUCAUUUUGCCCAAUCAGAAUCAAGUAUUUAAUACAACAGGGGAUUGGGUGGGUUGGAAAUAGCAGGACAUAUAAAAAUCACCUUAGUACUAAAUCAAAAAAUAUAAUAAUAAUUAAAAAAAAAAUAAAAUAAAGGAAUAAUAAUAAUAAUAAUAAUAAUAAUAAUAAUAAUAAAUUAUAAAUGUCAUUGAUAACUGUAUUUUAUUAUUUCUCUUUUUUUAUAGGUCAGUUAUGGAUCCUCAAGUUCAGUCUUCUCAGCAAAAGCCAUAUUCCCCUCUUUCCUACGAACAGUGCAUCCAAACAAAGCUGUCAUAGAAGUGAUUGUUAAUAUUUUGUUACACUUUAACUGGCGCUGGGUUGCUUUCCUCAACAGUGAUGAUGAUUUUGGCAAUGAUGGACUGGAGAUGUUCAGGAAAAGGAUCAAAGAUACAGAGAUCUGCCUGGCUUACACCAAAGGCCUCACCAACAAUCCCAUUUACCCUCAAAUAUUUAAACAGAUAGAGGUUCAGCGGAUAAAUACGAUCAUUGUUUUUGCCCCCAAACUGACAGUUGAAGCUCUCAUUAUGUCAGCAAUACAACUCAAUAUUACACAGAAAGUGUGGAUAGCAGACGAUGGAUGGUCCUUAAAUAAGAGGCUCCCCAAAGAGGAAGGAAUCAGAAAUAUUGGAACUGUACUUGGAGUGUCUCAACCAGUCAUUACAAUACCUGGUUUCAAUGAUUUUAUAUAUUCUACUAAUAGCAAGACUCACUGUGACAUUCCCAAACAAAACAUGUUUUGUAAUCGGAUAUGUAAAUACAGGAAUCUCAUUGCAGAAGAAAUCCUUUCAGCAGAUCCAUCUUUUUCCUUUGCCGUUUACUCUGCUGUGUAUGCCAUUGCACAUGCCUUGCAUAAUACCUUGCAGUGUGGGGCUGACCACUGUAAUCGUAAUAUUACAGUAUACCCCCAUUUGGUAAGUGUCUGAGUAAAUUCCGUAUCCAAAUUAUCAAAUGUAAGAUCCUUUUGAACUGAAAUAACAAAGAAAAAGCCUUUUUCUCUGUGCCUGUAAACUUGAAUUCUGUUUAAAUGUUCUGAUGAUUUACCUUUUGAUGCCUUGAUGUCAGAAGCUUAAUCCAAAUAUCAGUAAAUGGAAAGGAUAACACUACAGUCUCUACCCACCAGGAAUGUAUUAAAAAUACUCUUUAAUCACAAUAUUUAAUUGUGAGUAACGCUCAUAUGAACUUUGUGUACCCACAUAAGGUCUUACAAGAGCUGAUGAAAUCCCACUUCACACUUUUAAAUCAAGACGUUAUGUUUGAUGUGAAUGGGGACCCCAAGUUCGGCCCCCUCUCUAUAGUUUUCUGGAACCACAGUGGUGAUGCAGAGGAGGUUGGCUUUUACCAUUUUCAACCCUCUGUAAAUUUCUUCAUCAACAACAGCAAAAUUAAGUGGAAUACAAAUGGAGAGGUCAGUCUGUUGAUCACAGUUGGUAUUCCCUAUAGUAUGUCAGAAGUUCAUAUUGAAUUAUGCAGGGAUAUUCUGAGUUGGAUGUUUGUGACUGCUAGAAAGAUGAUACCAAUUGCCAUCCUAUCACACAUUUUUCUUGUACAGGUCCCUACUUCCCUGUGUUCCAAAGAGUGCUCUGUAGGAUACAUGAAAGAGCAAAAUGGGAUCCAGCAAUGUUGCUUCACCUGUAAAAUAUGUCCAGAUGGGACUUAUAUCAACAGCACAGGUUAAGUAUUGUCCUCACAAUGAAAGAAAAAGGAUAAAUCUUUGACUGCUGAGGCCCAAAAUGGACACAAACCUAGAGUCCCUCAUUGCAACUUUAUAUUUUCUUUAAAAUUGGACCACAUUGUUUCCAGACAGCCAUCACGAAGGACCAAAUACUACUGUACUACUGCAUUGCUUCAGGAGUUACUGAAAACAGAUAAGAAUUUUAAGAAGAAGGUCUAAGAAUAGUUUCAUUUGUUUUAUUCUGUGCAGAAUGUAAAGCUCCUUUGAGAAAUAUUGCGGUUUGUACUACAGAGCAGCACAUGUGAAAUUGUCAUGAAUAAACAACAGAAAAGAUCAAACUGUAGCGAUCUUUACAUGAAAAGCCUUUUCAAAUAUACUUUAACUUGAUUGUAAAUCAGUUUUUCUUUUUUUCUUUUUUCUUCACAUAUAAACCAGAGGAUCCUUAUAAGUGCAUCAGGUGUAAGGAAACAGAGUGGUCUGCAGAAGGAAGUACAUCAUGCCAUCUGCGGUCAGUGGAGUACAUCCCGUUCACAGACAGUGGCGCUAUACUCAUCAUGUUUGGGUCUGUAGCCUUGGAGGGUCUCACAUUGGCCAUGUCUGCUCUCUUUGCCAUCAACUACAACACGCCUGUUGUCAGAUCUGCUGGAGGACUGAUGUGCUUCCUCAUUUUAGGCUGCCUCAGUCUGUGUAGUCUUAGUGUUUUCUUUUACUUUGGUAAGCCAUCAUCUACUGAUUGUAUUUUGAGGUCUUUGCCAUUUCUUUUGUUUUACACAGUUUGUCUUGCCUGUUUUGUUGUGCGCUCUUUUCAAAUUGUUAGUAUUUUCAAAAUGGCUGCCAAGUUUCCAAAGCUCUACAGUUGGUGGAUGAAAUAUCACGGACAAUGGCUGAUCAUCACGGCGGCAUUUGUUUCUCAGGCAUUCUUACUCCUUAUUGUCUAUUUAUAUUCUCCCCCCAAACCCUACAAUGAAACAGUCUGGAAUCCAAAAGAAAUCAUACUAAGUUGUGAAUCCAUAUUCCUACCAUUUUCUGGCUCUGCCAUUUUGAUUGUAUUUUUGGGCUCUCUCUGCUUCAUUUUCUCCUACAUGGGCAAAGAUCUCCCCAAAAAUUACAAUGAAGCCAAAGCCAUUACCUUCUGCCUGCUCCUGCUGAUCCUCACCUGGAUCAUCUUUGCCACCAUUCAGGUGCUUUACCGUGGAAAGUACAACCAAAUUCUCAGUGCCCUGGCAGUUCUCUCCAGUCUUUAUUCCUUCCUGUUGUGGUAUUUCUUCCCAAAAUGUUAUAUUAUCAUUUUUCAACCUCAAAAAAACACACAGCAGUACUUCCAAGGUCUCAUUCAGAAUUAUACCAAAACAAUUAGCCAGUAGAAAACUAAGUAAACAUGUGAAUGUUUCUGUGUUUUAUGGACAAAGACAUGAAUAAAAAGUGAGUAUUAGCUUCUCUGAUUUACACGCAUACUUACAUUGACGGCUAUUCAACAAUUUCGAAUUCAGCAUCUUACCUCAGGACACUUUGACAUGUGGACUGCUGGAGCUGGGAUUGUAUCACCUGAGAGACCUCUGACUCUUGACCAUAUCAACCUUUGUGUCUGUAGAAAAUAAAAUAAAUAAAGGACAAAACAUAGAUUUAUUCAUUUAAGAGAAGAACAAAAACUUUAUUACAGUCAGUCUCCCUUCUAGGUGUAAACUGAUAUCAUCCAAUUCAUAGGUGAGGAAAAAUGCAGCUCUGCUUUCAGUGCAAAAGUGUUUAUUGUAUGAUGCAUGCUUGUAAUGUUGACAUCUUUGAGAUCCAUCUGUUUAUUAUCAAAUAUCAUUAAGUAAUGGGUUUAUUUGAAACUCCUGCCAAAUGGUUAAACGUAAAGUCUGUUAUUUUGCCUCUGUAUUUGUGUACAAUCCUGUGUAUUCAUGCUUAUACUCAGUCAGCAGUGAAAGAGGUUCAGUGACCCUUCUAUAAUACAGCAUGUAUAUUGUACUCACUGUAACUGUGGGGUUUGUAUACAUGGCUAUGAUCUGAAACAUGUUCAACAAUAUUAUCAGAAAACUCAACUCAAACCCUAAUCUGAGCAGUUAUCAUGUUUAGCUCUUAUUGAGACUACGUUCUUUCUGUCUUUGGCCUAACUUUAUUCUAGUAAUCAAUGGUGGAACAAUUACCUUUUAUAGCAGUCAUUUUCAGAUCAUUAUUUGCUCUUCUUGUACAUUUUGGACUUUUUUUCAUAAAUAAUGUGCACAGGAGAGGGAGCCCUAUUCUUUUACUCUGCCUGUAUUUUCUUUUCCCUUGUGUGAUUUUUUCUUUGUGCUUCAUUUUCAUUUAUCUAAGGGUAAUUAAACAGUUGUUAUGCUCUAAAACUCUUAGGCAAGUGUGUUAUUUGCCAUGCUUAACUUUUCAAAUGAAAUAAACUUACUUAUUUCUACACAGAGUUUAAAUAGCUAAAUAAUAAGUAAAAGUUGAUCAUAAAAGAUUAAUUAUAUGGCAACAAAAGGACUUGGAGUUAGGCUGUAAACUGGAGUAGUUUAAUCCAUAUAUCCUUUAUAAUUUCACCAUUUAUCCUUCACUGGGGUAAUGGGGGGGUCUUAGCUGUCAUUGAUAGUUGAAGUACAUCCUGGACACCCAUUACAGGGCUGACUAAGAGACAAACAACCACUGAAGCAAACACACACACCCAAAUGCAAUUUCAACUGACCACUUAACCUGACAAACUUCUUUUUGGACUGUGAGGGGAAGUCAGAGUGCCUGGAGAGAAGCCACACAUGCAUGGGGAAACAUGCAAACCCUGGAGACAGCUGGCCCCUAAACUACUUUGCUUAGUAUUCUGGUAUGGACCAGAAGCAAAAAAAAUAGACAGGUACAUUGAUUGACUGAAACAGGCACAGAAAAGAGUACCUCAAACCUAAUAAAAAAUGUUUUUAAAAAUCGUCUAUUGUAAGUGACUAAGUGACGCAGUUCUUACAGCAAUCUUAAUUAUCACCAAAGAGCCUUUAUAAAUUUAUAUCACAACAGUGACUGCAAUAAACUACUGUGAAGUUCUUAAACCACCACCUUAUCAUCAGGUCACCUCUCUUUAUAAUGUAACCUUGUGUCAGUACACAGUAUUUGAUAAGAAGCUGGUCCUUCCUGUGAAGAACUAUGAUUUGGUAUUAGCCUUUAAGUGUUGUUUAGCUAAGAUGUUUAUUUCUAGUUUGAGUUAUAAUAACCAUUAUAGCUAAUUUAACUUUUUGAAUUAACAUUCAUUUAAACUGUAUCUUUGUCUUGAUGUGGAAUUACACAAACUGCCAAACAGAGCCGGGAGUUCCUCCUUCAAACCAGCAGGUCACCUGCAUUCAAAUUCUGGUAUAGUUUAAAGCAAUCCUUCACCCUCAGGGAUGGAGUUAUUGCUAUCCUAUUCAAAACUGCCUGUGUGGUCGAAAGUUAAAUUGUACAGGGAUCAUUUGUGAAAGAUCACCUUAUAUUUACAGGCAUGACUUCAUUUGAUUUGUGUGUAUUUGCCUGUGGCUCUGUCCUGUAUGACUCUGCUCAUACUUCAGAUUGUCCUCCCUGUAAAACUGUCUUUAAAGCUGCAGUGUGUGGUGAUCAGCGGUAUUUACAAGAAAUGGAAUUGAUAAGUAUGUUUAAGUUAGUGCUGAUCAACUGAGAAUAAAAUUGUUUUGCUAACUUCGAACAAGUCCUUCAUAUCAACAUAAGAGUAGGCCCUCUUUUCUCAAAAGAACAUAUAUUAUACACUUCAUAACACCUUGAUGGACCAAAGGGCCAAUGGAGAUGUACUGCUCUCUUCGCUGCAGGACAAAAAGAUUCAGAAGAUCUUUUGUACCCACAGCCAUCAGACUUAACAAUUCUUCUUUAAACAUUAGACGACUUGAGACAUGACACAUGAGACUACAGACCAUUGAAUUUCCCUUCAGGGAUCAGUAAAGCUCUCAUUCUUCCUAUUCUUCUUGUACUGCCACCUUGCAUCAUCAUGUUUCUACCGUAGCCAAGAACAGACAGCCAAGUAACACAGUGGCCACACGAAAUGUACCAGUUCUUCUAUACAGUCAGUGGUUGAAAGACAAAGAGAAGAUAUAAUAUGCUCAUUCUCUAAAACAUUUUUUGCUAUGGUUGUUGUUUGCCAACUUAAAAAUACUGUAUUAAGUAUGAUACUGCACUGUCUUUGCAGUGACAACACUAUGAGGCUGCAGGGAAGACAUGUUCAACAGUUUGACUCUGUGACCAUUUGAAAAAAGGCAGUCGGAGACUUUCAUUAAUAGGAUAUUAAUCAUGUUUUUACUGUAACAACUUGAUACCAUUGAGCUUGUUUACUAGUUCUUGUCAUUAUUUUUAACUUGGCUAAGACAUUGACAUAGAACCCGAAGAACAUGUCUGUUUGUAACCCUGUAUAUUAUUGUGAUAGUAACCAGAUUUCCUGUCAUCUUUAUGUAUUCAUUACUGAACUUCUGAACAUCCCAGCUACAAAGAUCUGUGCCAACAAAGACUGAUCAGAAACCUGGAUGCAAUAUACAUAUUUCACAGUUUUCUUUUUUCUUUAAAUUUUUUUUAUCAAAGGCAGUACAUCCAAUUUCAUAUGAUUUCAGAAACCAGGACAGGAUGUUUAUGUCACCUGAUCAUGGCUUGAAUAUUUGGGUAAAUGUAGUAACACUGUUCUAUUUUGAAUCUAUUGCUAUUGCAGUUUUAGUGUGCUAUUAAAAAAUGUUCCCCCUUUCAGAGUGUUAUCAGUCAUGUAGUGUUUUCAGUCAAAUCAGUCAGACAGUAUUGUAAGUAUUCAUUUCAAUUUUAGGGAAAAAGAAAUUUCUAUUUUUUAUACCACUCUGAUUUAUCACAGGAGCAAGUUUACUUGUGAUGAUUGCUGGGCCCUGCGUGUGGCAUUCUGUUGCAGCAGCGUAGAUGAACUUUGCAUACUGAUUUGUGUGUUCUCCACCAAGCAUUAAUAAGUUUCAAUUUAUGACACCUAAUGUACUCUCAAAUUCAUGGAAAUGAAGGGUUUAGCUAUCACCUGUGUCUAUAUGUUAAUAAAAGCAGGGACCAAUUCCCACUACCGUCUGCUGGCUUUAACAAUGAGACAGUAUCUUGCUUGUGUUUGUCUUCUGGGUACUUUUCUUCAUGCUCUGGCUCAAUGUUCUGUCCCAGGCUCAGAGUUUCAGCUGGAUGGAGAUUUUUUGAUUGGUGGACUUUUUGAUAUCCAUCAUGUCAGUGUCCCUGGUUAUCACGACAGACCAGAAGCUACCGAGUGCUCCAGGUGAGUCUUAUUUUGAUGUUGAUGCCAUGAACUUAUUAACACAAUAUUGAAUGGUUUUAUCCAAUAAAUAGCCUGUUCCAUGAACAAACUGCCCUGCCAAGCAAUGCAUAACUAUGCAUAUUUGGCAGAGUGUCACUAUGUGCAAAAAUUAUGAGCAGCACUAAGAAAACAUAUCAGUAAUUCAUAAUUUUCCAAGCUGCACUAACAAACUGUUCCAUAAUCCCAAGCUACUGUUGUCCUGUUUUCUCAGUAAACCCAUCCUUCUUCCAAAUUAUCGGAGGUUUCAGUUGAUGAGAUUCUCUAUAGAACAAAUCAACAACUCUUCCAGCCUGCUGCCUGAUAUAUCCCUUGGCUAUGAGAUGUUUGAUCACUGCUCAGAUACACAAAACUUUCCAGGAAUUUUUAACCUCAUUUCAGUCAACAGACUGAUCCUACCUUGGGCUGAACCUCACAAACAACAAACAAAUGAUUCAGAUGUGUCCAAAGUGAUUGCAGUGGUUGGUCCUUAUACCAGCACUAAGGCCCUGACUGUAGCCCCCCUCUUCAUGACAGACCUCAUUCCUAUGGUGAGAUAAAGAAAAAGUGCUGCAUUAUACAGUCCUUACUUUUUUAUUAAUUUUGAAAUUUUCUCUCAUUUGACAUUGUCACUGAAUUGUUGUUUUUACCUUAUGACAGGUCAACUAUGGAUCCUCAAGUUCAGUCUUCUCAGAAAAAGCCAAAUUCCCCUCUUUCCUACGAACAGUGCAUCCAAACAAAGAUAUCAUGGAAGUGAUUGUCAGUAUUUUGCUACACUUCAACUGGCAUUGGGUUACUUUCUUAUAUAGUGAUGAUGAUUAUGGUAACGAUGGAGUGGCCACGUUCAGGAAAAUGAUCAAAGACACAAAGAUCUGUCUGGCAUACAGCAAAGGUGUCAAUGAUAACACUAGUUAUUACCAGAUAUUCAACCAGAUUGAGGCACUGAAAAUACAUGUUAUUGUUGUUUUUGCUCCAAAGUUGCCUGCUGAAGCUCUCAUUAUGUCAGCGAUACAACUCAAUUUCACACAGAAAGUGUGGAUAGCAGGAGAUGCAUGGUCCUUAAACGAGAGGCUCCCCAAGGAGGAGGGAAUCCAAAAUAUUGGAACUGUACUUGGAGUGUCUCAACCAGUGGUGACAAUCCCUGGGUUCUCCGAUUUUAUCUACUCUACUAAAUGCCAGACCUCUUCUGAAAACCUACAAAAACCAAGGUUUUGUAAUCAGGUCUUCAACUGCAGUAGCUAUAGUGCAGAGGAAAUCCUUUCUGUCGACCCAUCAUUCUCUUUUCCUGUUUACUCUGCUGUGUAUGCCAUCGCACAUGCCUUGCAUAAUACCUUGCAAUGUGGUGAUGGCCAAUGCAAUGGCAAUUCCACAGUGUACCCACACAUGGUAAGUAUAAAUUUGAAUUUUGCUUCUUGGGGUUCUAACCUUUGGACUUUGGAUUUAUAUCUUUUCAUUUAACUUCAUUUCUUUCAAACAAAAAAUUCCCUACCACAUGACUUUUUUGUACCUACAUCAGGUUCUGGCAGAGCUAAAGAAGUCAAACUUCACACUUUUGAACCAAAGUAUUGAAUUUGAUGAGCAUGGUGAUCCUAAGUAUGGUUCUUACUCUUUUGUAUUCUGGAACCACAGUGGUGAUGCAGAGGAGAUUGGUUUUUAUAAAUUUCACCCCUCCAUCAACUUCUUCAUCAAUGACAGCAAAAUUCAGUGGUUCACAAAUGGAGAAGUGAGUUUUGUUUUUGUUUCUUUUAUUGGAUAUGUGAAGUGAAAAAUAUGGUUGUGUGUCAAGAGUUUGGUGAUAUGGUGAUGAAUAAUACUUUAUGUGCCUUUCCUUUUCACUAAGUAAAACAUUAAAGAAAAUGGCUUUGCCUAAGAGUUAAUAUUUAUCACUCAUUGUUUUAUGGUUUUGUUUACUUACAAAGAAAGAAUCUAAACAAGCCAUUUUACUGAUGUGUAAUUAAUUGUUUUGUGCAGGUGCCUACUUCCCUAUGUUCCAAAGAAUGCACUGAAGGAUACGUAAAAGAGCAAAAUGGGAUUCACCAAUGUUGCUUCACCUGUAAAAUCUGUGCAAAUGGGACUUAUAUCAACAGCACAGGUUAAGUAUCAAACAAAUGAGGGGAAAAAAUCCCUCUUAAAACCACUAUGGGGCAAUGUACAGGGAUCAUCAGUGUUUGUUAAAUGGGUGGGGUAGCCCCAUUGAGCAGUGUAGCUGAGGCACCGCCGAUGUACUGCAGUAACACAUUCUUUAAAUCUGUUUGAGAUUAAAAUCCAAGUUUAAGUUGAUUUAAACUAAUACACAUAUAAUUAGCUAAUUACCAGGACAUGGCACUGUUUCAGGCCUGGCUAAGACAACCAUUAUUAUGACAGUGACAAUAUAAAAGAGUUGAAGUGUGACAUUGUUAACGUGAUGUUUCAGAAGACACAUUUUUAAUGUAACCUUAACUUAAUUGUAUUUCUGUCCUUUUUACAUGUAAACCAGAGGAUCCCUAUAAGUGCAUCAGGUGUAAGGAAACAGAGUGGUCUGCAGAAGGAAGUACAUCAUGUAAUCUGCGGUCAGUGGAGUACAUCCCGUUCACAGACAGUGGGGCCAUACUCAUCAUGUUUGGGUCUGUAGCCUUGGAGGGUCUCACAUUGGCCAUGUCUGCUCUCUUUGCCAUCAACUACAACACGCCUGUUGUCAGAUCUGCUGGAGGACUGAUGUGCUUCCUCAUUUUAGGCUGCCUCACUCUGUGUAGUAUUAGUGUUUUCUUUUACUUUGGUAAGCCAUCAUCUACUGAUUGUAUUUUGAGGUCUUUGCCAUUUCUUUUGUUUUACACAGUUUGUCUUGCCUGUUUUGUCGUGCGCUCUUUUCAAAUUGUUAGUAUUUUCAAAAUGGCUGCCAAGUUUCCAAAGCUCUACAGUUGGUGGAUGAAAUAUCACGGACAAUGGCUGAUCAUCACGGUGGCAUUUGUUACUCAGACAUUCUCUCUUCUUGUUGUUUAUUCCUGCUCUCCCCCCAAACCCUACAAUGAAACAGUCUGGAAUCCAAAAGAAAUCAUACUAAGUUGUGAAUCCAUAUUCCUACCAUUCUCCGGCUCUGCCAUUUUGAUUGUAUUUUUGGGCUCUCUGUGUUUCAUUUUCUCCUACAUGGGCAAAGAUCUCCCCAAAAAUUACAAUGAAGCCAAAGCCAUUACCUUCUGCCUGCUCCUGCUGAUCCUCACCUGGAUCAUCUUUGCCACCAUUCAGGUGCUUUACCGUGGAAAGUACAACCAAAUUCUCAGUGCCCUGGCAGUUCUCUCCAGUCUUUAUUCCUUCCUGUUGUGGUAUUUCUUCCCAAAAUGUUAUAUUAUCAUUUUUCAACCUCAAAAAAACACACAGCAGUACUUCCAAGGUCUCAUUCAGAAUUAUACCAAAACAAUUAGCCAGUAGAAAACUAAGUAAACAUGUGAGUGUUUCUGUGUUUUAUGGACAAAGACAUAAAUAAAAAGUGAGUAUUAGCUUCUCUGAUUUACACGCAUACUUACAUUGACGGCUAUUCAACAAUUUCGAAUUCAGCAUCUUACCUCAGGACACUUUGACAUGUGGACUGCUGGAGCUGGGAUUGUAUCACCUGAGAGACCUCUGACUCUUGACCAUAUCAACCUUUGUGUCUUUAGUAAAUAAAAUAAAUAAAGGACAAAACAUAGAUUUAUUCAUUUAAGAGAAGAACAAAAACGUUAUCAGAGUCAGUCUCCCUCCUAGGUGUAAACCAGUGGCGAUUGCUCUAAGACUGCAAGGGAAGCUCAGCUUCCCUUAAAAUGUCACUCCCCCAAAAAAAGAAAAAGUAGUGAAAUACGUACUGCUGUGUGUACAUUUCAUUAACUAAAUACGCGCUAGAAAGCCUUCAUCUUUUGUUCAGAAUCAGCUUCUUAUCACACUGUGAUAAGAAGAAGACUUUUGUCUUUGUUAAAAACGACUGCCGUUGUGUUUGGCGACUCUGUUCUGUUACAUACAAAUAAACAAACAAACACAAUUAUGAUGUAGGCGAGAAAAAUGAAAGACCAGCAGCCGCCACUGGUCCUUAAAAGGUUUCAACCAUAGACUGUCUAAAGAAUGGACAGCCUCCUCGCUGGGCGAGUCAUUUCGAGAACAGCACCCUCUGAUGGUGGGCUGCAGUACAGGUCAUAAAUCCCGCCUCCGCCACCAAAGCUUAUGGGACUGUGGACAAACUUUAGAAAUUUAUUACACAGAACAUACAUUUUUCUCCCCACUGCUUGUGAUGUUGACAUGUAGUUAUUGUAAGACUGGUUUGUGCCCAAGUCCUUUUUUUUCUGUACAUACAACUAUGUACAUUCUGCUGUGAUACAACUUGAUGUAAACAUACAAUAAAUGUGAAAUAUAGCACCUAUGAAACUAUUCACAUAGUGCAUGAAUUUGAGUUUGCACUGGGUACAUAUGCAUCUGUAUAUUCUACAUUUUAAACGUGGUUUUAAUACCCAGUAAUCACUCUAUAUGUCACUGACGCAUGGAUAACAAUAACACUACGUCAAGGUAAGAAAUGAUGGGUUUGACUGGACCUCACUUGAGAUACUGAGCUAACUCUAGGGUUGAUGAAAUGGUAGAUAAAGUAUUGUAACUAGGCUCCGUUUUGAUUAUGAUAUACAAUCAUUACUUUGUUUACAGUGUUGGCAUAGCUGUUUACCAAAUACACAUCAUUAUUCAGACACAUGUUUCUUACAUACCUCAUUGUUGCUUUCCUACAAAAAGUCAGCCACACUGAGUCUCAACAGAGAUUUGCAGGGCCUGUGUUUGUUGUAAGCUUCAGUUUGAUUUUUGUUCAGUUCAGGCUAAAUGAUAUAGAAUUAAAUACUACCAGAAAUCAUUGACACAACAAUAUGAAAAUUCUCCAUUGUAGCUGUAAAGACAUGGCACAAAGAGCGCAGAGUUUUCCUUAUUUUCCCCGCUGGAAUGGAAACAGAGGAUAAUUGCACGUUACAUGGCCUAAACUGUGAUAAAAUUGAGCUGUCUUUAGUUUGCCACUUCUUAAAGAGCAAAUAUGUUUACCUUGAUUGGGUUUAAAAGGCAAAUGCUACAAGGAUGACAUUUAAAACCCAUCCUAUGUCCUGGUUUACCUGGAAAUAAUCUACCUCUCAAUCUAAAGAAACACCACUGACAGAAAACUCGUUUGAGUCUUACGCCAACCCUUUGAGUUUAGCUAAAAAAAUGUGAGUAAAAAUAAAAGUGUUGCGUUUAUAUUUUUGUUCAGUGUACUUAGUUACAAAGGUCAAUGAAUUGAAGGCGAAAUACACAAAUAAAUUUAUGAAAAAGGAAAAAUAUGAGCCAAAAAAUUUAAUGAAAUUGUAUAAACUAAAAUUAUUGGAUAGAUUUUAAUUUUGUCUUUCACGCACACGCACGUCAGUCGUUGCCAUGGAGACGGAAACUGGGUUAUUUAAAUCAGUCCCCUCAUUUAAAAAUAAAUAUUCUAGAUUCCCCUUUGCUUUCAAACUUGGUAAAGAGUUGCACUGAACUUUUGGCUGUGAGAAGCAAACUUUGGAGAAAGCGAGAAAGAGACUACAAACCAACAGUUUUUUUUAAAACAACCCACCGUAGAGACCGACGACUGUGCAAAAACCCCCGAGAAGUCUGAAGAUGGCCUCCAGGAGACCUCCUCACCCGGACCACCUGCUGCUUGGAGGGGAGCUGAUGGACGACCAUCGUGCUGGUUCACUAACUUUCACUUUGAAUCGAGUUACUGGAUUAAUAUGAAACUUAAAAGCUUCAUGGGUGCAGAAAUCUGAGGGAUUAUUUACUCUAAUUGAAGAAAAGAACCCACACCGAGUGAUCCGGGUUGAUAAAAAGAACGUUUGAAAUCAGAAAAAGAAGUUAGACUUUUACUCAAUGUUUUUUUUAUUUUUUUAUAACAAAAUGACUUUUAUGAUGGCGAUAAAAUCUCAAAUAUCCCUGGAAAAAGCUGUGAAGUGUUAACAGUCAGUGUAGUGGUUUAAAAACACACCUGGAUCGUGUGGAUGUUCACCUGAGCUGAGUCUGACUGUCUGUUAAAGCUUUAUUUAUUUAUUCUGAGCUAACACAAAAACAUUGAGUCCUUUCAGUGUCAAAGUUUAUGGUUUUGAAUGAACUUAUUUUCUGAAAAAAACUGUCCUGGUUUAAAUAUGAACUGUUGUAUUAAAUGUUUCCAAGUUAGGCUGUGUGUAAUAACGCAUAUGGAGCAGAAAAUCAGCAUAUUACAUGAAUUACAAAGCUAAUGCUAAACUAUAAAUGGGUUUAUCUACAUGAGAAAAUAAGUUCUUGAUAUAGUUUGAUGAAAAAUGUGUUUUUUUACAUUUGUGUACAGCUGCUUAUCGAACCUGUUUUUUGGAGCAUCAUCAACACUUAUUUCUUAAGUUAUCCUUUCACCGAGGUUGGUUAAAACAUUUUGAAAUUAUUUCUGAUUCACUGAUAUUUGUUUUCUUAGAGAAUAUUUCAGGUCCGUGAACAGUAAAAAUGCAUAAAGUUACAGAUUUUCUGCAGCUUUCUUUUCGCUCAUUCUCUUACAUCUUACUGAGUCAAUUUGUUUUUGCAAUUAUAAGUUUAGUUUCCACCUUUUGAUCAUAUUUUGAUAAAAUUCAGCUUUCAAUUUGUAUCUCAGACUCUUCAACUUCAUAUACGUUAAAAAUUUUGAACAUUGUGAAAAUAUAACAUUGACUCAUUAUAUCAAUGCUAAUUAAAACAGGAUGGUUCAUAUUUCUUUUCAUGUGUUCAUGGAUCAGUUGAUGUAGAACAGUUGUGAGAAGUUUAUGUGAAUUCAGAUUUAUGAGAUUUUGUUCAGGUUUUUUUCUUCUGUAAGACAAAUAUUGUGAGUUAAAAGAGACAAAAUUUUAACUCUGGUUCUAAAACAUUCUGACUUUUCCUCAUCAGAUGAUGUGAUCGUCGUGGAUGACCAUCCAGUGGAAGACAACGUCCCUGAUGUCAUUGUGGUGUUGGAUGACAUCCCAGGUGACAUUGUUCCUAUCUACAUCUCUUCCUCUGAUGAUGAUAGUGAUGAUGAUGUUGUUGUCGUUUUGGCAGGUGGAGAUGAAGGCAACGACCUUAAUGAGGUUGUGGACUUGGAAGACAGCGACAACAGUGAGGAGACUGACUUUAGCGACGACGGUGACUCUGACGACGGUGACACUGACGACAGUGACGACUGGGACUCUGACGUCACUCAAAUUGACGACUGGCCUGGUUCAGACAGUGAGGACUCUGGUUACGGCUCCAUGUCUGAGGAGGAGGAGGAGGUCGUCAGACCUGACUCCCCCCUUGACCAGGAGCUCCCACCAGAUGACUUCUGGCUGGGAUGGCGCCAACUGUCUCCUCCUGUUCCAGCUGAUCUUCCAGUCCCCGCUGGUCUGCCUGUUGAUCCACCUGCUAGUCCUCCUGCUGGUCAUCCUGCUGGUCAUCCUGCUGGUCCUCCAGGUGCACAGUCCUCUGUCCAUUAGGGUCCAGAGGACUGUGCGCCCUCCAGUUCAGGGCUGGUCUCCUCCUCAAAAAGAAGCAGAGAGGACAGUGACUCUGACUGAAACAGAGGCUCUGUUUGUUGUUGGAAGGGGUAGUUGGAGGGGUAGGUAUACACACACACGCUCAAACAUGCGCACAAACACAAGUCACAAUAAAUAUAAUUAUUGAUGAUUUUUUUUAAAUAAGAUGGUAGAUGUCUGCAGAAAAGGUGAGUAAGAAUUGAUGCCAGUGAUAAAUAUAUUCUUUAAAUUUGGAUUCAUUGAGUAAUUCAGGGAUGAUUAUUCCUUCUAACUCUGUUCUCGUUUCUUUUACUUACAGAGAUGCAGCAACAGACAAAAGUGAGCUCAUAACUAAGCAAAACAUUCACAAAUCUGCUGUAAGUUUCUACCCCACUCACUGAUGAUUCGAAGAAUAUUUUCUUUACUGUGUUGCACUUUCAUGAUUUUUUUUAACCAAAUGAAACAACAUAAUUUACCAAGAGCUAAAUCUGAUUGUGUUUGUUUUUUUUUCUUUGGUACUGAUGGCUGUUUCUGUCUGACCAAGGUAAAGUGAUCAUUGAAACUGAUGCUGGUUAAGAUUUUUUGCAGUUUUUUCCCAUGACUUGAUAAUGUCGUUAUUUAUCUGACUCUUGCUCCUGUUUGAACUUGACCAGGACUGACGAUGAUGAGGAGAAAGAAGACCAGACAUGGAGGAAAGAAGGUUCUGGAGCAGAUCAGAAGAAGGGAUGGACGAGCAGAGGACCAGCUGCAGAGCGGUGGCAGCUUUUCUUUUUAUUGACUUGGUAAGUUUUCUUCUCUCUGAGACUGCAACAGUAACAGAGGUGACAUGAGGUCGUCAUAAACUUUGUUUUAAAAAUAUGAAUCAGUGCUGUCAGUGUGUGAGCAUCUGUCCCUGUUCUGCUUUAAAGAUCAUGCAGGUGGAGCACUCAGUAGCUCAGCUGUUUUUUGAGCAUGUGGGCAGAAACCUUGAGCAGGACCAGACUCAAAUUGGACACAAAAAGACGAUGAAGAGGGUGAGACCAGACAUAAGGAGAAGAAUAUUCUGGACCAGAUGAGGAGGAUGGAUGAGCGAGAACCAGCUGCUGAUGGGUGGAAGAAUUUUUGUUGUGAGGUUGGUAAAUCAUCCCCUCUCUGAGAUUACAGCAGUGACAGUAAAGUUCAUUUUGGAUAUGUGGAUUACCAAAGAGGUCUUUGAUACUAUUCCAGUUUUCACAACUACUUGAACACUUCACUUUCCAUCAACACAAAGAUUUCAAAGUUGUCUUCAAUUGUUUUCUCGUGUUUUUCUGUCCUGUAGGGUUGGAUUCCUCUCUUUACGGUUUCUGGAGGUCUGAGUAGAAGUGAACCAACAGAUCAUCCCAGGACCAAGACCACUCACUCACAGAAAUAUUUAGGCCUUAUUGUGUUACACUGCAGAAAAUGAUGGGCCAACUCAUCUCCCGUGCAACACAUUUAUUUUAACAGGACUCCUGUGAAUACACAAUGACAUACAGGUGAACAGGAGCACAUGCUGCAUCUUCUGUCAACUCUCACCACGUACUGACCAGACUUCUUCUAGUCUAUAUUCCAAUAACCAAAACAUGUACACUCGUACUACAAAACACAAUACUACAGUAGUACUGAAAUGUUACAAGUGACAUGACAGUCUCAAUGUUUAUAGUUUUUAAUCACAUACAUCCUCCCUAUGAACUGCCAAAAUCACAUAAUGCAUUUAUCUUGAUGAACAAAUAUUUAAAUAUACUCAAAAUGAGGUUUUAUGGUGUUUUUAACCAUUGUUUUUAAACACUGUUUUUAACCUUUUAUUAACUGCAUGUAUUACAUUAAAUCUCUUCUGAAC